AUGAAAUGUUAUCCCGCUAUCUGAAACAAAGUUUCACUCAAGUUACAUUUACGAGGGGCAGCGAAGACAGCACACGUCUUAAGCUUGUAUUCGGUUUCAGAAUCCAAAUAUACAUAUUUCUUGCUGUGAUGGAAGCAUUAUUUAGACAAAUCAAUAUGCAACGUUUUGUUCGGAUGCUGGACUUUUGCUAAUGGCGACACGAACAGCAAAAGACGCCGUGAGCAGUUAGCUAGCUCGCUAUUGAUAGCACUGCUCAAUGCCGUGUGGCUACAUUGUUGUUAGCAUAUUAGCUGCCGCCUAAAAACGACGUUCAACACAAGCCGUAUUGUCUCUCUCUCUCUCUCCAAGAUGACAUCGGCCUCUACUAAAGUUGGAGAAAUCUUCUCUGCAGCCGGGGCUGCUUUCACUAGGCUUGGAGAACUCACCAUGCAGCUUCACCCAAUGGCUGAGUCCAACCCUACAAGUCAGACAAAGAGUCCAGUGAAGAGAAAGUAUGAAGAGAGCCAUCGAACCUGCUCUACAAGCCCACAAAAGGCAGUGAAGAAAGUCACCGUCCUCGCUGGUGCCGCCAUGACGACACCGGGCACUCCCACCGCGACCGUAUCUGUGCCCACGCCUCACGUUGUCACGGCGAUGGUCCAGCAGGGCAGCCAGUCUACUACAAAGAAGCGGAAAACUGCAGACGUGACCCUCAGUGCCCUGAACGACUCGGACGUCAAUAGCGACCUGGUGGACAUGGAGGGAAUGGGCGAAGCAUGCAACUCCAAAAAGAUCAACUUUGAUCAAGAUACCUUGAACUUGGACUCCAGUCUCAUCAUGAACUCCAGCGACCUUCCUUUGCUGUCCCGCUGAUCUUUGAGGCCCCCCCCCACACUGAAAACAAGUCAUCAUCAUCAAGCAAGCAAAGACAAUCGCGAGAAUGUGGCAUCAUUCUUUAUUUAUUUUGUCUUGCUUUGUGACAUUUUCCCCUCUUCUGUUAUUAAUUCUUAGAGGAAAUAAAAUGCAAUUCCAGGUGAGCUAUUAUGAAAUAACAGCAAUUUAGUUAAAAUUCUAAAGGCAUUUUUAGAGAUGUUCAUAUGGGGGAAUAUUUUUGCAUAAUAACACCGAAUAGAUUUUGUCAAUGUAGUAUAGGUCAAUAUACAGUGGUGUGAAAAUGUGUUCCUGAUUUCCAAUUUUUUUUGUCACAGUUAAAUGUUUCAGCUCAAACUAAUUUAAAUAUUAGUCAAUGACAACACAACUUAAAUGUAGUUUUUAAAUGAAACUUUUUGUAUAAACAAAAUCCAAACCUACAUACAUGGCCCUGUGAGGAAAAAGUGAUGAAACAACUGCAAUCAAGUGUUUGCAAUGAUCCUCCUGGAGGAAUUUUGUCAGAAUCAUCUUUGCAGAAUUGUUGUCAUUCAGCCACAAUGGAGGCUUUUCCAGUAUGAAUUCUCAAUAGGAUUCAGGUCAGGACUUUGACUAGGCCACUCCGAAGUCUUCAUUUCUUUUUUUCUUCACCCAUUCAGAAGUGGACUUGCUGGUGUCUUUUGGAUCAUUGUCCUGCUGCGGAACCCAAGUUGGUUUCAGCUGGAGUCUUCCAGGUCCUCAAGCGGAAAAACAGCCCCAGACCAUCACACUACCACCAUCAUGUUUUACUGUUGGUGUGAUGUUCUUUUUCAGAAAUGUGGUGUUACAGUCAUGCCUGAUGUAUAAACUACAUUUUAGUAUAAGAGUAUUUUACCCAAAUUUCUUGGGGAUCAUUAAGAUGAUUUGUGGCAAACUUGAGACAAGUCUUUUUGUUAAGCAGUGGUUUUUGUCUUGGGUCAUUUUUGCCCAGUGUCUUUGUUGUGGUGGAGUCCUGAACACUGACUGAGGUAAGCAAUGCCUGCAGUUUUUUGGUGGCUGUUUUGGGGUCUUUUGUGACCUCUUGCGCUUCGGGUCAUUUUUGUUGGCCGGCCACUCACCACUGCUCCAUGUUUUGGCUCUUACUGUGGUUUGCCGGAGUCCCAAAGCUUUACAAAUUUAUAACAAUUCCAGACUUUCCGGAUCUCAAUCUCAGCUAUGUUUGUUCCACACAGGGCUGUGUUUAUGGAUUUUUUUUUUCAUUUAAAAACUGCAUUUUGUAUUCAGUUGUGUCGUCAUUGACUAAUUCAACAUGUUUGAUGAUCUGAAACAUUUAAGUGUGGAAAAACAUGCAACUAAACAAGAAAUCAGGAAGGGAGCAAACACUUUUCACUACACUAUCUGCAGAAAAACAUCCACAUUUUAGAUUGUUUUCGGUGACAAAGCACACAAGUGUGAUGUCUAAUUAGAUCUCAUUACUGAAUUAAUUUUUACAAUAUGCAGAAUAAAUAAUGAGAUGGGGGGGACAAAAAUGGCCUCACUUUGGACAACCCCUGCUGUGGUGUAAUAAAGUCACAUGUUAUGUCAUAAAACUGAUUUUCUACAUGGUGUACUUUGACAUUAGAGUUUUCAUUUUCGGAAUAAAUAUUAUUUAGAGAAGCUUGCUGUGGUCAAAUGAGGAUAAGGAAAUUGCCCACUUGUGCACACAUGCCCACACUUUGUCCAGUUUAGUCAAAAUGUAACAUUUAAACAUGUUAACAAUUUCAACCUCGAUGUUGAAAUAUAAAAUCCGAAAUUUAAAAAAAUGAGUGAGAAAUUUAGGUUUUGUAAUAUUUUUAAUAAAUUCUCAAUGAAAUAGUGAAGAUAGAAAUGUUUUCGUUUUUUAAAAAGGUGUGUGUGUGUGU